AUGACCCGCCUCGGCCUCGCUGCUGUCGCGCUGGCUCUCGCCGUGGGCCCUUCCAUGGCAGUGCCCAGCACCACUCCUGUUGAGAACCAGGUUCACCCUUACAGCGAGAUGAGUACCUACCAGGAGGGGAGUGCCCCGGGGGCUCCGGAGGACACCACCACCACCACUACGUCGUCCCCUGUUUCCGAUGGAGCCGAGCAGUGGCUUGAGAGCUUUGUUCGUGCUGUGCAGCGCCAGCUGCAGCUUCAGGACCAAAUGAUGCGUCAGCUCAUGAGGGACAUUCAGGAGUACCUGAGCACUGCGUUCAACUGGGCAGAGAACCAGUCUACUGCCUACACCCGUGUUACCGAGAUGAUGGACAUGAUCUCCAACAGAAUGAACGCUGCCAUGGACAGCUCAAACGAACUCAUGACCACUAGCGACACCACAGACCCCGAGACCCUCCGCCGUGCAACUCGCAAGUACAUGAAGGAGGUUCGCGUUCAGGACGUCCUGGUAGAUGCUCUCUGGGCCUCUCUCCGCGGUGUACAGACAGCUGCCUGGAUGAAUGGAGUGACCGCUAUUGAGAAGGAGGAGACGACUCCCAUGGCUAGCCGCGCUGCUGAGGAGUUCCUCCACCGCAUGUACCAUAACCUGAGGGCAGCAGGUAUGUCUGAAGAAGAUGUUGCCAAGUUCAUCCCUAGAGCCGAGUACAACCCCUCCGAGCAGUCAAGAAAUAUGGGCAGAAAGGGCAGGAGCUUCUACUACGGCGGCUAUCCCAGCUACUACAACUCCCCCUACUACAGCUACAGCAGCUACCCCAGCUACUACAACUACAGCUACCCGUCAUACAGCUACAGCAGCUAUCCCAGCUACUACCGCUACAGCAGCUACCCCUACUACAACUACAGCUAUCCCAGCUACUACAACUACGGCAGCUACCCGUACUACAGUUAUAGCAGCUACCCCAGCUGGUACUGGCGCCGUCUCCGCUCUUUGGCAACAGCAACUUGCCCAGACUGCCCUCCUCUCACCACUCCCAGCAUGAUCCCAACUCCCCCCCCAAUGAUGAACAUGAUGAACACCCCACCCCCCAUGGCAAACAUGAUGACCAGCAUGAUGAUGAACACUCCCAUGGUUCCUCCUCCCCGCACCCUCGGAACUGAAGCCAUGAGCCUCGGCUUGGCCCCCAUCGGUAUCACCGGCGCCCCCAUGACAGGUUUCGGUGUUCCUCCUGAGUUCGGUCCCUUUGGAGCCGAAGGUAUCGGCCUCCCCACCGAUGCCCUCGGCAGCACCCCCGAAAUGACACCAUUCGACCCAACUACCCCCUACAGAAGUCUCGCCCCCAUGGACCUCCCCCCCAUCCCCCCUCCUGUCUUCCCUGAAACCCCUAUGAGGCCACCUACUCCCUUCGGCUUCGGACCUGCACCUGUUCCUCCGUAA